GCUGAAUCCGUAAUUUCAGGCACUUUCGAGCCCCUUUUCCUACUCACGGUCUCACAUAGUCUCCUCUCACUCUCUAAGGCUCCCUCCCACAGGCAUAUCUUGUUAUCUACGAAGACACCGUCGCGGAGCUGCUGCAUGCUCGACGCAACCAGGGUACAUAAUUUCAUUUCCACUGAUGAAUUCCUUGUCGUUUUUAUCCAAAGGAAUUAGCUAACAAAUCCCUUCAGAAAUAUCUUUUGCUAAGACACUUUAUGGUCCGCACUGUUACUAGAUUCUGAAGGACUCAGUUCUUAAAGCCAAGAACAAGCGUGCCCUCAAUAUUCUGCUAGGUGCCUAGGAGCAUAAUAGCUGCUAAAUUUAUUGCAAUCACUGACCUUUUGGGUUGGGACUGCAUCAUCCCAUUAAGAUCACUGCACGUGGAUACAUUACAGGAGAGUAUAACUACAAUUACAAAUCGUGGUUGGGUUUGACAACUUGAGUACACAUGGAAGUUCAAGGACCUUCGAAUGAUGCAAUGAAGCACCUUCCUUUAACUCCACUGAGAGCAAUUAGGGGUGUUGUGUGCUUACUUGUACUUGUUUUGACUGCAUUCAUGAUGAUAGUUUAUUUCGGCUUUUUGGGCGCUGUUAUAAUUAGACUUUUCAGCAUACAUUACAGUAGAAGAGUAACAUCCUUCUUCUAUGGUAAUUGGAUAGCUUUGUGGCCUUUUCUUUUUGAAAAGAUAAACAAGACUAAAGUUAUUUUUUCCGGAGAAACUGUUCCUGCUGGUGAGCGCAUCUUGCUUAUGUCAAACCAUAGGACUGAGGUUGAUUGGAUGUACUUGUGGGACCUGGCACUGCGAAAGGGACGCCAGGGAUACAUAAAGUAUAUUCUUAAAAGCAGUUUGAUGAAACUGCCUGUGUUUGGUUGGUCGUUUCACAUAUUGGAGUUCAUCUCUGUGGAGAGGAAGUGGGAGGUCGAUGAAUUAAACAUGCGUCGAAUGCUUUCAACUCUAAAGGAUCCCAAAGAUUCCCUCUGGCUUGCUCUUUUCCCAGAAGGAACAGAUUUCACUGAGCUGAAGUGCAUACGCAGUCAGAAAUAUGCUGCUGAGAAUGGAUUACCUGUCCUAAAGCAUGUCUUACUUCCAAAAACAAAGGGCUUCUAUGCCUCUUUAGAAGAAUUGAGGGGCUCUUUGGAUGCAGUUUAUGAUGUGACUAUUGGCUACAAACCCAGCUGCCCUACUUUCUUCGACAAUGCCGCUGGUGUGAACCCGUCUGAAGUUCAUAUGCAUGUCCAACGUAUCCCCCUUGACAAUAUUCCAACAUCUGAAGACGAAGUUACAACUUGGUUAAUGAACAGAUUUCAUCUCAAGGACCAGUUGCUUUCUGAAUUUGAUUCUCAAGGGCAUUUUCCUCGCGAAGGAUCCGAAGGUGACCUUUCUACUCUGGAGUGCCUUCUUAAUUUUGUGGCCGUAAGUAUCAUGACUGUAAUAUUUACAUACCUAACCAUUUUCUCGUCCAUCUGGUUUAAAAUUUACGUAACUUCGGUAUGCGCUUAUCUCACAGCCGCAACUAUUUACAAUUUUCGACCAUCACCACUUUUUAGCCUUGUAAAAGGUUUGUUUAAGCACAAAUCAUCUUAGUAUCGAGGGAAAGACGAGAGGUUUUAGGUUUGAUCCUUCUACUGGUUGUAAUUCAUAAGUGGGUCUCGAUCCCAUACAGACACCAGAAAAGUUUCAUUAUUGAGAACAGUCUAUGAAGCAGAUUAUUGUACUUACA